CCAUUCCAAGUCUCUCCGCAUCGAAAUAUUCUGUGGCAGGCCAACACCAAGAGUCUCCUCCGACUCCGACUGCAGAAGCGGCGAACAUGGCGGCCGCCGAUGACCGCGCGGCGGCGGCGGCGGCCCUGAAACCCUUCGAGGAGAGAGCUUCCGACGCCGAGGCACGGCUUGCAAAGCUGGAAGCUCUGCUGUUGAAGAAAGAUGGUCUGAGCAGCGGAUCCGAAACAAGUUCAUCUUCCAUGAAAGAUCUUCAGUCCAAGCUCGACGCGGUCAGUGCAGAAUGUCUGGCAGAGAAGGAGAAGAACAGGAAGCUAACCAUUGAGAAUGAGAAGCUCCAGUACCGUAUCUCCCAUCUUAUCCGGGCAAUGAAAGAGACUGAUUCGAGAUAGAAAGCCCUCUGAUAAGCUGGAUCUAAAAGCCAAUGUUAUUUGUUGCUCCGAGAGAGCGUGUGGUGAUCUCGCAGUCCUACGGCUGUCGUGUCGUGUGCUCUUGACAUUGUUCUUGAAGUUAAGCGUAAACUAUUGUUUUUGAGCUUGAUGAAUUGAUCUGGUGAAAGCUAAUGUAUUUAUCAGACCAACCAAAAAAUGUGACUAUGUUUUCGCAACAAUGCUAUAUGUACGACAUCUUCUCAUA